ACUUAUUUAAAAUCCCUUAGCUUUAGUUUUAGAUCGAGCCUUGAAAUGAAUAGAUUGAUGGUGGCUGUGCUUUGGAUAACCGUAAAAGGCGGUCUUAACUAUCCUUUUGAGGACCCUGAGCUUUCCCCGGACAUGUUUCAGGGGGAUAUCGGAAUUCCUCCUCUCAAGCAAAGAAAUGGAAUGAAUACAGCCUUACAUCUGUGGCCAAAUCGCACGGUUUUCUUUGAGAUCGAACCAAAUAAAUUUCGAGAUGAGCACAUGGCACUAAUCCGCCAAGCCAUGAACACGAUCCAGGAAAAGUCAUGUGUAAUUUUUCGAAAUGCAACUGAAGCAGAACGUAGCUCUUCACUUCUCAUAACUUCACAAAACAAAGGAUGCAGCACGCUGGUCUUGGGUUUCCGGAACUUCACGAAUAAAAUGAACCUUCAGCUCUUCGAUCCUGGCAGAGGAUGCUUCCGCAUAGGCUCAAUCAUCCACGAGUUCCUUCAUGUUUUAGGGUUUGAACACCAGCAUGUGGCCCAGGACAGGGACCAAUUUGUUCGCAUCGCGUGGGAAAACAUUAAUCCAGAGUUCAAGAUUAAUUUCAUAAAUAACGACAAGAUAUCAAACUUUAGCAGCUUCGGGGAAACCUACGAUUACGAUAGUGUAAUGCACUACAUUCCCACCGCCUUCUCAAAAAACGGAAUGCCAACCAUUAUUCCUUUGAAGGAAGUGGGACAACGAAUGGGACAGAGACUUGGAAUGAGUGAGAUUGAUGUUAGGAAGCUCAACAAAAUGUACAAAUGUCCUGGCUAUGUUUAACGUUUAUUACAGAUCCUAAGUCUGUUUCAACAUGUCUAUGGUAGUUAACCAUUCAAUCCAUACUUAAAUCUUUUAUUUUUCCCAA